GGCGAGUGGCUCGACCUCGCGGUGGAGUUCAUCGCCGGCGGCAUCAGCAUGCACGCCCGGAUGCGGCGGCCGCCUCCUGGGCAGCAGGAUGCCGGCGCGGCGCCGGGGCCGCUGCCGGAGCGCCCCGGCUCGCCGGCGCGAAUCCGCGGCGUGGACCGAGGGGACAUGGUGGAGGCGAACGAGUACUACCUGCCCAUGGUUGGGGACCAUGGGAGACACGAGUUCUACCAGAGGGCGCUGCUCGCCGCGCUGGAGGCGCGCUCCGCCGCCGGCGCGAGGCCGACCGUGCUGGACUGCAGCGGCGGCGGCGGCGCGCCGUCCCUGCUGGCGGCCUCGCGCCUGGGCGUGCAGGCCCUCACGCUCACGCAGAGGACCGAGUUCGCCAAGGCCUUGCGCGAGGUGGCGGGCGCGAACGGAGUGGGCGAGCUCGUCGAAGCCUACGCGGUCCGGGGCCGCUCGGAGACAGAUAUUUGGCACGACGGUGUAGGCGUCGUUGCGGGCGUCGGCGUCGAUGCUGCCAUCGUGCUGGCACAGUCCGCGCUGCUCCUCACGAGCGUGAGCGGCCGGAGGUGGCCAGGCGCCCGACGCGGCGGCGGCAUCGGCGGGGACGCGGGCGGCGGCUGCGCGCUCCUCGUCGGCAUGCCAAAGGGAACCAUCAAGAAGUUCUUCGAGGACAAGGGCUUCGGCUUCAUCACGCCCGAGGACGGCGGCGAGGACGUGUUCGUACACCGGAAGGUGAACGGUGCGGAUCGUACCGCGUACCUCGAGGAAGGUGACGCUGUUGAGUACGAGUUGGAGUGGGACGACCGCAAGGGAAAGUACUGCGCCUCGGCGGGCGCGAGCAGGGCGGCGCACGGCGAGGACGGAGCCUUCUCCGGCCACGGCGUGCUGCGGAGAGGAGCGCGAGGCCUCGCGGGACGGGGCGCACCCGUCGGCCGAUAG